AACAAAGUUGACCCAUACCCACGUAAGGUUUGACCCAAACCCAUCAUCCCUUACCUUCGCCCGCCCAUUCCUUCCCUUCCGACCCGCUGUCACCGCCUUCUUCUCCUCAUUCUUUCUCUUGCCUCAAAAACGAAAAAAAUCAUCUUUUUUUAUUUUUAUUAUUAUUUUUUGUUUUGCAACUUCCAUGGAAACUUCAUUUCACCCACCUCAAAGAAUCCCACUUUCGUUUAAAGAAUUUCCACCUAAUGUUUGUUGAUCAUAAAUAUAACCCAAAACCCAAAUACAAACAAGAAGUUCAACCGCUACCCACAAAUUAUUUCAUAAAUUUUGUUUAUAAUCUAUGCUAUAAUUGAUCUUUUGAUGAUUUUUGUUGCUGGGCAUAAUUCAAAUCCUGCACUUUUUUUGAUUUGUAGACCUUUUUCUAAGCAUGUCCGCUUUGGUGGCCCGCACGGGCCGUCUUCAUCAAAGAUAUAAUGAUGGCUGUCGUCUUGUUGCUGGGUGUAUACCUUAUCGGUAUAUAAAUGGUGAGGACGGUAGUAAUGAUGAUUCCGGUUGCAAUAUUGAGGUACUUAUGAUCAAUUCACAAAGUGGUCCAGGUCUUCUCUUCCCUAAGGGAGGGUGGGAAAAUGACGAAACAGUUGAAGAGGCAGCCGUAAGAGAAGCAGUUGAAGAAGCUGGAGUUAGAGGAGAUCUAAUGGAUCUUCUUGGCUACUUCAAAUUUAAAAGCAAAACCCAUCAAGAUAAAUUCUGCCCUGAAGGAUUGUGUAAAGCUGCAAUGUUUGCUUUGUUGGUGAAGGAAGAACUCCAGUCAUGGCCCGAGCAAAGCACUCGAAACAGAUUUUGGCUUACUCUUCCUGAAGCUGCUCAGAGUUGCCGUCAUGCAUGGAUGAGAAUUGCUCUUACUGAUGGUUUUCGCAAAUGGCAUGGCGAUAAGUUUUCAGAAGCGCGGAAAGAGACGGUUCAGAUUGGCUCACAAGCCUUGUAAGGAAUUGAUGUUGGUUAUUGGUCGGCUGUUGCUAUUGAUUAUUGAUUGUUGGUUGUUGAUUGUUGAUGGCUAUGGUCGAUGUUCAAUCUUGCACAGUAAUGAUUGUAGUUACUAGUUAGAGUUCACUUUCUGUAUACUUAAAUCUUCAAUAUUUCCUUGGUGAAGGAAUUACUUUACAUGUUUAUGUACGGAACUGGAUAAGCAAAAGGUUUUAAGAAAAUGGUUGUCACAUAUCUUCACUCAUUUGUAAAUUGUAAUGAUUACAGGUGAUUUUACUCACUCUACUCUCUCUGGAUUGUCCCAAGGCAACCUUCGGUUUAAAACGUUACCCAGUCUUUAUGAAUUGUCAUAGGUUAAAUAUGCAUGUCCCUAUGGUGACCAUAAGGUCUAUACCAUUGGAAUUAAAACUAAAUCUCUCUAUGUUCCCCUUGGAUUAUCCCAACAAUCUCUUUGUGUCCCAUUUGGGCACAAUCUAUUCUAAACAACCCCUUUGGGUAACAUGAAUAUUACAUCUUUAAUUCAUCUCCAACUCUCUCACAUCAUUUGGGGUAACUA